AUGAGUUUUUUUUUAUUUUCUUUUUUUUGUUUUUUGUUUCAGCGGGUGCCACUCCUGUCGACCCAAAACAAAACGGGCGGCCGACAACAGCUAAACAAGGAUUGCACUGGUUUGCGGAGUGUGGAGUGCCACCAGACGAAACUGAUUCCCCAAGGAAAACGUACCACGGCCCCAGUUGGCUCUCGGAAGAUCUUAAUGCAGAGCUGAGCCCAGAUGAAGGAAAAGACGGACAGUCACAAGUUGACAGAGAGGAGCGACUUAGAAUUCUUCGGGAAAAACAAAAUGAAGAAAGGCAAAGAAAGCUUGAUGAACUCAAACAACAGGCACUUGCUGCUCAGAAAUUUCGUGAACAAAAGGAAGAGGAAAGAAGAAGACGAUUGGAAGAAUUGCGAGUACGAGAUACAGAUAGACGACAUCAGGUGGAAGAAAGAAAAAGACAGAUUUGGGAGGCUGAAAGGGACCGUAGAGAAGCAAUUCUUCGUAAAAACCAGGAAAGAGAAGCGAGAAUCGAGUCGAAAAGGAAAAAUGAACGGAGUUCGAUAGUUUUUGCCUUCGGUAGUUCAACGCCUCGGAUGUUGGAGCCUGGAGAUACUGGUUCCACAUAUUGGACUACUAGAAGAGCGACCUCCACUUCUAAUGUAAUGACACUCUCACUGUCAGCAACACAACCUGGUCCACUGACUCGAAGAUCAUCUGAAAGAGAAUUAGAUGGCAGCAAAAAGCGAGCUACUUCUGCCGGCGGCAUAGAGCGCAAAACACAAGAUCGCCUGCGGAUGAGCUCCUCGAUUUAUGAAGUGUUCCAGUGGGGUUUAUCCCCUCCUGACUCCCUCAAUUCCCAAAAACCCUUAAACCCUUUCUUUAAGCCUGAGACUGAGGUGAGGAGAAGGAAGACAGACUUGACUCCGACAGUUCCUGAGCGGGAUUCGACACCACCUCCAAGAAAGGGAAAGCCAGGUAGGGCCUACUCCAUGUCCAGACUGGACAUCCUUUCCCAGCCGCGCGCGGCCCCCAAGCCCUUGCUCCCUGCAGAGUCCCUCCGCAGGGGCACAGCUCGCAGCAUGGUCAGCUUAGGUCCACCACGGCCCACGAGAGCCGAGAGGCUCCGGAGGAAGGCGAGGGAACAGCAAGCUAGGAGCCAGUCCCUCGACCAGCCGUCAUCACCAGGGGCCAGGAGCGGUGAUAUCACUCCAUCACGGCCGCAGAGCUCCCUCUCCCAGCACAGCGUCAGUAGCCAGUUAUCUGCAGCUAGCCUCAGAGCGAGGACACCUCGUCGCCCGCGCCCUGUCAGCAUUGCAGUUACUGGUGUCUCUUCACCUGGUUCAGAUCGCAGUGUGAAAUCUCCUAAUGUUUCUGCAACUGAGAAGCCACCUAUUCCUAAGGUCCAUGCUACAAAGAAGCCAAUCACUAAUAAAUCAGAGACUACACCAAAAAAACCAGCUGAAAAACCGAAGUCUUCUAAGAGUUCGGCAUCAACUACACCAAAAGCUACUCCAUUGCAGUCACCUUUGGUGGAAUCCGCAGAAAUGAGUUUAGAACAUACUGAUAAUACAACUGUGGAUAAAGGUGAAGGAGCGUCCUCUCUUGAUGCUGCUCAGGAGUUGGACUAUGAUCCGCCUACUGAAGUGCUGUUAGCCGAUGUUCCUGAAGCAGCCCAUGAGAAAUCUGAUUCUAUCCCCGACUCCAGUCCACUUGGAACUGAGCUCCCGUCGCAACAAGGAGAACAGUCACAACCACAACAAGAAGUACCGCAACAGCAAGCACAGCCACCACAAGUUCUGCCACAGGCUCAAUCUGAAGUUACUGGAAAUGGAAAUGAAUUAGCUGAAGCAGAUAUGACCGCAUCGAUGAUAGCCAAAAUUAGAAUAACUACAGAGGAAGAAGCUAAGGCAGCCCUUGCUGAAAGGAGGAGGCUUGCCAGAGAACAAGCUGAAAGGGAAGCAGAGCUAGAAAGACAAAGGAUUGAGGCCGAAAGAUUGGCUGAAGAAGAACGUCUAAGAAAAGAAGAAGAAGAACACAGACGCAUGGAGGAAGAACAACUUCGACUUCUAGAAGAAGCUAGAAGAGCCGAAGAGCUUAGAUUCCAACAAGCCAUUGAAGAAGUUAAAAAAAGAGAAGAAGAAGAGAAACAACGUAAAGAAGAAGAAUUGAAACAAAAAUUAGAAAAGGAAGAAGCUGACAGAAAAGCUAAAGAAGAAGCAGAAAAGAUGAGGAUUGAAAUGGAAAUAAGGUUAAAGAAAGAAGAGGAAGAUCGACAAGCUCGAAGAAAGAGGGUUGAAGCUAUAAUGUUAAGAACUAGAGGGAAAGGCAGUACUACCUCAGCAACAACUCCAUCUAAGGAUGGUGAAGAAUCGGAAGAAAACUCUCCACCAGAUGAAGCGAAGAAAGUGAGUGAGGAAGACAAGUUCCUGAAUUCUGAGCGAAGCCACAGCGAUGCGAACACAAUACCUCCAUUAGUAGAAAAUAAUAAACACAAUGGACAUCAUAACGGCUCAAUCGACACUGUGUCUGAAAUUAAUGUUACUAACAGCCUGUUGGAUUUGGGUCCGAGCGGGGAUAUCCUUGAGCUUCCGACUGGGAACGGCAAGCUUCCUGAGACUCCCCCGUUCAUUGAAAACAGUCAGUCCCAUGUUAACGAUUUGCUGUCUUAA